AUGGCAAUGACUACUUCUGUAACCCGUUCGAGACGAGCGGAUAGCUUCCAUCUCCCGCAUUCCAAGAUUUCAAAUGGCCAUCAUCGCCUGAUCACGAAUGCCAUCACCGCGAAGUCGGCGCCAAACAACCCGCAAUUUCCUGUCAAUCCCUCGCGCGCAAAGCGUCCGCUCGAGACAUCUGGACGUGACUGCGACCCGAUAGUGCCAAAGAAGGCCAGGUUCACGACAGGAAUUGCUGUCGAGAUACCCGCGAGGCCGUCUUUCCACGCUCGAUUUACCGCAAAAGAGCCCGCCGACGCGAGGUUGUCGUCACAAGCGCCACCCCCUAAACCCACUACUGUCCCGGCCCGCUCCAAUGCCCAGAAUCACUCACGCGCCGCCCCUGCCGUUGCCGCUACCACCACGAAUGCUACUCCUUCCAGCACCCGGCAGCAGCCAGCUCUUACAAAACAUCAAGAAAAAGUUGCCAAUGGGUUGAAGCAUGAGCUCAACAGACUGCAGCCGGAUGCUGUCGCGACGACCAAGGAACAAGGGCGGAAGCUACGGUCGCAGGAGGCCACCCGCUUCAAGAGCGAGCUGUCGGCCUAUUUCCCCGACUACGAUGAGGUCAUCGGCAACGACCCCAAAGAACACCAUAUUUUGAACCUCGAUACCCCGAUUGUCAUCGUCAGCUCGCACUCCGAUGUCUCUCCACCCGACUGCGACUCCGCGCCCCACCCCCCGCGGGAAGCACACUCUGUACGGAGCUACGGUGAUGCACUGUUUACGGACUUGUUUGAUUCCCAACGAAUCGAUUAUUCUUUUCUGAGCAAUCGUCGUAAAUCGCUCGAGGAUCCGUUACCGGAUUCAUUCUUCGAACCCGCGCACAAAAAGGCGGAGCGCCUGGAGCGCUCAAUCCGCAACUCGGAAAAGGGACGUGCCCAGCAUGAAAAGGAUCAAAUCAUCCGGCUGUUAGACGGCUUGCAAGGGCACGACUGGUUGCGGGUAAUGGGCGUCAGCGGCAUCACUGAGAGCCGGAAGAAACAGUUUGAGCCUGCGCGAGACCACUUCAUCAAGGGCUGCCAGAUCAUACUCGAGAAAUUUCGCAGAUGGGCGGCAGAGGAGAAACGGCGCAAACAAGAGAAGGAGCGUGCGGCUGCCGCGGCCGAGCGGGAAGCUGCCGCUGGCGAGGAGAAGGAGGUGGAAGCGGAAGAAGUGGACGAAGAGCGCUCUGCUGAGGAGGAGGAUGAAGAAGAAGAAGAAGGUGGUGAUGACAACGACGCUGAUAUGAACGAUGAGGAUGGUGAGGCCGAUGGGGAGCCACCAGACGACAGCGACGUUGACGCUUUAAUUGCCAAGCAGCUCCGUGAAGAGGCCUUGGCUGCAGCUAAGAAGAAGUCAACGUCGAGGGCAGGGCGGGGCCGAGGACGGGGAAGAGGUCGUGGCAGAAUGGUGCCACGGGGACGAUCGUCACCGCCCCCGCCGCCAGAACCGGCAGCGCCCGAAGCGACCAGGGAAUUCACGUCCUUCUUCGCAAAGCGCUAUCAGCGCGAAGCUGCCCUGAAUACGUCGCGGCGGAGAGGACGCAAGGUUAUGGCGUGGGGCCAUGCCGUGCCCGAUCUGGAUGAGGCGGACUUUGAGCUCCCUGGCGACUUGCUUAACGACGAUACCCUAAAGGCUCACGCUAGGAGAAAGCGAAGGGACAAGAGGGGAAGGCACUAA